GCGCGCGAAACUUCUAACAAAAGAUGGCGUCGAAAGUAGCAGCAGGCCGUCGAAGGACGAAGCGCAAAGCGGAGGUUCAGGCUGAGGAGCAGAGUGAGGAGAAGAAGGAGAGGAGAGAGGAGGAGAGCGGCCUGACAGGACCACGGGUGGUCAUUGAACACUGCAAAAGCUGACGAGUGUAUGGGCGUAAUGCAGAGGAGGUGAAAUCUGCCCUCCUGGCUGCCCGCCCUGGUCUGACUGUGGUCCUCAACCCCGAGAAACCCCGCAGGAACAGCUUUGAGGUCAUUCUGCUGGAUGGAGGCAAAGAAACACCCCUGUGGACAGGAAUAAAGAAGGGUCCACCUCGUAAACUGAAGUUUCCACCACCUGAUGAUGUUGUAACCGCUCUGCAGGAAGCUCUAAAGRCUGAUUAAACUCCCAGUGUGAAGCCGAGGAUCUGGAAGGUUUGACGUGGAAGCAAAAUGAUGAGGAGUGAUGAAGGAGAUGUUCUCAGUCCCUCUUCUGAAGAGCUCGGCUCCACGUGAGAGCUUCUGGAUAUGCGGUGACACCUAGUGGAGAAACAGAGCAAAUGCACAGUCCUGCUGUUUGAAAAGUUGUUUUUAAAUCUGUUGUUAAAUAAAGUGUUACUUGGUUAUCUUA